UGCAUCGCAUCGUGCUAGCAGGCACUCGUUCACCGAGAAGCGUCGCCGCCGUCGAUUUUCCGGAAGGCGGUAGCGUGGCAUACAGCCGCGGAACUCUAGGAGGCAGUGGGGUCGCAGCUUCUGCGUCGUCGACCCGCCAGCCAGCCAUCGGUGUGCGCCGGUUGUGUGUAGUAUACGGAGAAGUGUGGUGCGGUGUGCGCUUACAAGGAAGGCGCGCGUGCAGGUUUCUCGAAGGUGUGUCGGGGGAAGGGAGUUCGAGCCCCAGCAGUAUUUGCAAGGAGCACGCGAAAACCCGGAGAACUAACUAGCCGCCGGAGUCUGAACCUGCUUUUCGCCUGCUCAUCCCAGGCGGCUAAAACUGAAAACGCCUCGUUUACUGUUGAGCUGUCGCUUCGCUUCUCGGCGACCCUUUGCGAUCGCAUACAUAUCGGAGAACGGAGCCAGCUGCACGACUGUGUCUCCGGCUCGUGUGAAAGGCCGUAGAAAGGUUGUUGGCUCGAGGAAGGAAGGUAGGAAGCGGGGCUCGCUAGCAACCUCGCAUGGGAGCGAAUGCGGUAACCAGCUCAGAGAGCUGCUCGUCGACUUGUGUGCGACGGUUAGUUAGCCGUGCCGGUGGGUUGGGACUGAACUAGGAGCGAACGACCCUGCUUACAAGAGGAGGAAGGAUGCUAGUCCACAAGUAGAGAGGCGCGAGCACGUGGUGAUUCGGGACGCCGCCGUUGUGUGUGUGUGCGCGCGCGUCUCUCUCUCUCCGCCGACACUGAAGAGGCCGGGUUGUGACUAGGGUUGUCAUUUUGGAGCACGUCCAAGAGAACGACGGCCCGAACCAUUCCAUCGACCACGCGGCUUCGGCUUUUUCAGGAUGGAGGACAAAAUACCGGUUCCGCGAUGGAAAAAAGCACUCAAGCCUGUCCUGGCCACCGCCACACCCUUGGUCCUGCUGCCCAUACCACUCAGCAUAGGAACCGACGCUGCCUGGGUUGCCUUUGUGACGCUCUGGAUGGGCAUCUACUACGUCGUGGAGCCGGUGCCUCUGUCAGUGACAUCAUUACUACCUAUAGUUUUACUACCCUUCCUGGGAAUACUGUCAACCGAAGAAGUGGCAUCCUUUUACCUUAACAACACGGGGCUACUGUUCAUGGCUUCACUGAUGAUUGCCACUGCCAUCGAGUCUAGCGACCUGCACGAACGGCUCGCCUUCAAGUGCCUCCUCACUGUCGGCACCAGCGAGGGAAGGGUUUUGCUGGGCCUGAUGUCCAUCACGGUGUUCAUGUCCAUGUGGAUGCCAAACACGGCCGUGGCCACCAUCAUGGGGCCCAUGGCCAUCGCCCUCGCUGCCAAAAUGGUCGUGCCGUCUUACCACCAGGUGCCAACAAACGAGUGUUUUAAGCAGAAUGGCGACGCUGGUGGCGAUCACUUCGAAGUCGGGAUCGGCGCCGACCCUAGCGGAGCAUUGAUAAAGAAGAACCACGAUCUCCUCAAGAAGAUAUUGCUGCUUUCGAUCGCAUACUCGUCAAACAUUGGCGGCACCGGCUCCAUAAUUGGCUCGUCGACCAACAUACUCUUCAAGGGCAUUAUCGACGAGCUUUUUCCUCAUUCCACGGAGCUCACAUCAGCCACUUGGAUGCUCUACAACGUUCCGCCUAUGAUUGUUUGCACCGCCAUCGGCUGGAUUUACCUCUGGCUUGUCAUCAGAAUUAGCAGGAGAAAGGCUCACUGCCUGGAGGCCAAGAACGACAUCCGGCGGGAAAUCCAGCAACAGUACAAGAGGCUGGGCUCCGUCAGCUUCGCCGAAUACACUGUGCUCAUCAUACUCGCCGCUGUGAUACUCGUGCUGUUUUUUUACAAGCCGCACUUCAUGACGGGAUGGGGGGAUCUCAUCAAGUACGGAAGCAAAAUCAAGUCUUCCAGUCCGGCGCUUGCCAUCUGCUUCCUGCUCUUCGUCCUGCCCAAGGACCCGCGCAACUUGCAUUGCAGCGAACCACUGGUCUCAUUCAAGGACUUCUCGACCAAAAUGCCGUGGGGCAUCGUCAUACUUUUCGGUGGAUGCCUCUCCAUUGCCGAGGCUUCACAGCGUUCCGGCCUGUCGGCCAUUGUGAUAGAUACGCUGAAUGGUCUUCGAGACCUUCCCUCGGGCCUGGUGCUGGUGCUGCUCUGCUUCAGCGGCUGCUUUCUCACCGAAGUUGUCAGCACGUACGUGGUCACCGGAAUCCUCACGCCCAUCAUCAGUGAACUGGCUGUGGCGACACGUGUACACCCGCUGUACUUCCUGAUGCCAGUCAAAGCGUGCUGCUUGUUCGCAUUCAUGCUGCCGAUCGCUACUGGAGCCAACGCCAUCCUGUGCGAUAUGGGAAGGCUAAGGACCAUAGACAUGAUGAAGAUGGGGUUCGUCAUGAACGUGGCAUGCGUGCUGGUACAACUGGCCGCCAUACACACGAUAGGGCCACUCGUCUUCGACCUCUACCGCUUCCCUAGCUGGGCCACUAGAGACUUCGGUAUCAUCACUAUGGUCGGCAACGACACCUUCGCAUCGUCGCUCAACGCUACACUCGCUGAAGAGAUGGUGUCAACGACGGUGGCGGCCAUGAUGACGACGUGACGUCACGUGACGGAGUGGAUCACCGUGAACUGUUCCUAUGGCUUCAACGCAUGCGCUGUCUUGUUGUUCGAACGCGACCAGUGCGCGCUCGGUCCGUCUGUGUUCCAUUGUACCGCGUGACGUGUUUGACGCCACGUCGUCUCCUCUCCCUCUGCGAUGGCGUCCAGCACGGUUAUGCGAUGGCGUCUGGUGUUUAUGUCUGAUUAGCGUGCCGGAGACAGUCGGUGUUUUUAGUUUCCUUUGUGCCUAUACACGUGUUUAUGUGUGUACGUGAUGCUGCUGGAUGUCGUCAGAUGAGGGAUGAGGAAUUCAGCGUGGCCAUGCUUACCUGAGAUCGUGGAAAGUCAGUGAGGGAAAGAGAAUUAUGUGCUAGAAAAUCUGUGUUGCUUUUUUAUUCCUUUCUAUUAUUUUUCUCUUGUCGCGUUGCUAUGUCAUUCCUUUUGUUCCCUUGUGGACAUUUAAAAAUAUAUAUAUCAUCAAAGAGCUGAAUGCUGCCUCAAGCAAAUAACAGGGAGGAUCGCGUUGUUCUCAAGUCAAGGUGAAUUAUGGAUCGAGGUUUGAGCAGUGAGGUAUCUCAUGAAAAGAUAAGGAAUAGUAAUACGUCAAAUUGCAUUGUAUCGGUAAAGUUCUGAAGCCACCAGUAUUUAGACCCAAUUUAGUGAUUUCAGGGGUCCGUAA